CAAUGUGAUAGUUUAAUAUUCUUGUUUUCAAGUUCUAUGGCUAAAUGUCUUAGACAACUCAAAAUCCUCAAGAUAUCCAAUUGUCAAAUCAUGGAAGAGAUAGUGGGAAAUGAGGAGAAUACAAAUGACAUGUUUGAUAAGCUAUGCCAUCUAGAGCUACAACAUCUUCCAAACCUCGUUAGAUUCAGCUCAGGAAGUUACAUUAAAUUUCCGUCUUUGGGGUAUUUAGAUCUAGACGAUUGUACUAAACUGGAGACGUUCAACUUUGAUGCUAAGAGUGAAAAUAUUACAACCAACAAAGAAGAAAGAGAUAUUGAGCUCUUUGAUGAAAAGGUAGGAUUUCCUAGCUUGGAGAUCUUGUGCAUAUGGGACUUACCUAAGUUGAAGACAAUAUUCCACAACCAACUUCAUUCAGAUUCUUUUGGCAAGCUCAAAAUUAUGGAUGUUCGUAGAUGCCACAGUUUGAUUAAUAUCUUUGGGCCAAGUAUCAUGGGAAGAUUGAAUGCUCUAGAGAGAUUACAAAUAGAGCAGUGCCAGUCACUACAAGUGGUAUAUGACUCAUCAUCUACCACUCAGUUGAGCGGUUUUGUUACAGAUGCCGACGAAAUCGUUUUGAAGGAAGAAGUUGGUGGACCACCGAGACUUUUCAGUAAUGGAGAGGUACUUUCUCUGUUAUUUUUCUCCAAGUAGUUUUCUUCUUCGAAUUUUGAAUUUCUUUUUAAGAUUUAUUUUGAUAACCCACGGUUUUUUUUAAGAUUCCUCUUUAAGAUAUAAGAUUUAUUUUUUCAAUGAGCCAAAACCAUUUAAAUGAUAUAUUUAAGAUAUCAGGU